AUGUCGAACUUCGACAACACACACAGCGUGUAUAACACGCGUGUCAAGAGACUCGGCAACUUCGUCACGUCGUCAGCUCCGUUCGGCAUGUGGACGUAUCCAGACCCACUCGAUGGUCCCUCAAUCGCGCCUUGCUACGGACCAUACGGAGAGGCUGCUCCUCCUGUCUUUCUCCGCGAGGCUGUUUCUUUAUUGCCUGCUGCCAACAUAAUCAAGAGCGACAUUCUCAGACGAUGGGAGCGUGGUACCAAAUCCGGCAAGAGGAGAAAGUCAAAGCUGAACAAGGGUGGUAACUUGGACGUUCAAGAAUACGCGAGCAGCGACAGCAGCACCACUGGCGGCAGCGGUAGUGGAUCCAACAGUAACGCAUCAUCAGCUGCCACAACACCUACCGAAAUGUCUCCCCAGAAUUCGCAAGCCACGCACGACUCGCAGCAUGACCUGGGUCUCGUCGUCGCCCAGACCCACCAGAUGUACCCCUCGAGGGGCUACAAGAAUCUCAGACUCCUAACUUUGAACCGCGAGACGUUCGCUGCUGCUGCUGCCAACGACCACCUCCCACGUCCUCCUCGUGCUCCGGGAACCGCACAAGCAGCCAUCGCCGAGCAGAGAAAGAGAAGCCACGACCGCAUCGAAUCUGAGGAAGUCAUGCAGUCGCGCAAGUCAUACAGAAGAGAGUGA